ACCUUCUCAAACAUUCAAUGGUAAUGUUCAGAAUAAAUUACAUAAACAAAGAUUAGUCAUCAGAGUUUCACCAUCAAGCUAAUUAAAUAAAUCUCUUAUAGUUAAAUAUUGAAGGCCACCGCGACCUCAGAACUUUCUUAUAAGCUUUACGAAUAUCAGCUUUUGAAUCUUACCUUUUGUUUCUGAUCUUCCUUAAAAUCUUUCCAGUUUUGUCUUUAUUUCCUUAGAUUUCCUUACAUAUAUGUUCCUAUAGAUCAAAGUCCAGUUUCUACAUCUUUUUUCGUAGACAUGGCACUACCAAAACGAGGUCAUCGAUUCUUCAAGUUCAGGAGUCCAGCCAUACUUAGUUUCUUCUGAUAAACACCUUUUAUGAUCGAUAUCUCUACCAGUCUGAAACAAAUUACAGCGCGUUUAUUUACCAUAUAAUCUCUGCUUUAGUAAUCUGUAGUUAAUUUUUGUCGCCAGCUGCAUAACAAAAAGAGUGUCUAUCUCUUUCGUACUAGCUUUCUGUCAAUUACCUUGAUUUCCACCUCUCAAAUCAAUCUCAAAACUACUUUUUCAUUUUCACCACAUAUUUCAGUUAUAUAUUGACUUCAUCUGCUGAAAAGAUAGAUGAAUACUCAAGAAUACGAGUUCUCACGUGACGUUGCUCGAAUGGCAUGGAUUAUGCUAAGAUUAAGGAUUGAUUACUCAAGACUCUUCUGGCUUCUAUUUGGUCUCUUCUCUUAUGAAAAUCAUGAAGGGAAACCUCGGAUUUUCUAACAUCCAGUCCCUCCUCCUUUCAUCGCUUUAAGCUAUUAGUAGAUAAUUGUAGUACCACUCGCUUUAAUAUAUACGUAGUACUAGUCUUAUAUCUUCCGGUUCCUUAAGUAUAAAUAGUGAAGAGUGUUCCUAUACAAAUCAUUCCUGAUCCGGUCAUGUACAGAAUGGAUGCAGGAGAUUAUGCUGAAAUGGAUCCGUCUGGUCGAUAUGGACGUUUAAGGGAUGUCCUUGGUAAAGGGGCAAUGAAGACAGUGUAUAGGGCAUACGAUGAGGAACUUGGAAUGGAGGUAGCAUGGAACCAGGUGAAACUGAAUGAUGUGUUUCGGUCUCCAGAUGAACUUCAUCGCCUCUAUUCUGAAGUCCACCUCCUCAAGACUUUAGAUCACGAUUCAAUCAUGCAAUUCUAUACUUCUUGGAUUGAUGUCAAUCGAAGAACCUUCAAUUUCAUCACUGAAAUGUUCACCUCAGGCACUCUCCGAGAGUACAGGAAGAAGUACCGGAGAGUAAGCAUUCAAGCAAUCAAGAAAUGGGCGCGCCAAAUACUUGAAGGUCUUGUUUAUCUUCAUGGCCAUGAUCCCCCAGUGAUCCAUCGUGACCUCAAGUGUGACAACAUUUUUGUCAAUGGAAAUCUUGGACAAGUCAAGAUUGGUGAUCUUGGUUUAGCCGCCACACUUUGUGGAUCAAAACAAGCUCAUAGCGUCAUAGGCACACCAGAAUUUAUGGCACCAGAACUCUACGAAGAAGAGUAUAAUGAGCUUGUAGACAUAUACUCAUUUGGUAUGUGUAUGCUAGAGAUGCUAACAUCUGAGUUUCCCUAUAGUGAGUGCUCCAAUCCAGCCCAAAUUUACAAGAAAGUGACUUCUGGAAAUCUGCCAAAAGCAUUCUACAAGAUUAAGGAUGUGAAAGCUCAAGAGUUUGUUGGAAAAUGCUUGGAUAUUGCUUCCAACAGGCCAUCUGCCACUGAACUGUUGAUGGAUCCAUUUCUUGCUCCUGAGGAAGAAAAGGAGCCUGAAAGUCCUGAUAAUGUAGACAGCAGGCUGCUGGCCUCAGCCAUACUGAGAAUACCUAUUCCAUCUGAUCAUGAUCACAAGUCAGUUUCUCGGCCUUUAAUGAAAUCUCCAAAAAAGAAUACAAAAAUGAUGAUCACCGGAACUAUGAAUGCUGAAGAUGAUACCAUCUUCCUCAAAGUACAGAUCUCUGACAAGAAUGGUCAAGCUAGGAACAUAUAUUUUCCUUAUGAUAUUGCAAGCGAUACUGCACUUGAUGUUGCCUCAGAAAUGGUGAAGGAAUUAGAGAUUACUGACUGGGAUUCAAAUGAAAUUGCUGAGAUGAUUGAUGAAGAGAUAUCUGCCCUGCUUCCAAAUUGGAAAGAAUCCGACGUGGUCCAAAACCUUCAUCAUCAGCAACAAAGCUUCAAUUACGACAAUGAUGACGAAGAUGGUAUAAUCCACCACCCUUUCUAUUCUCCCUCCUCCCAAAAUUCCUCUCAUGCUUCCCUUCCAGGCCUUUUCACCUCAGCUCAUGAUUGGCCUCAAGGUGAUUUCCUCUUGAAUGAUGAUGCAAGUUCACAGAGCUCAUUAGCCUCCUACAAGUACUCCAACAUGAAUUACAUUGAAAAAGAUUUUGAUUUAUUAAGCUGCAAAAGAGGAGAGCAAGAUUUCAAUGCAAAACAUCAGAAAAGUAGUACAAGAAUGUCACAACAGAGUCUUCAAAAGCCAUGCCACUCUUCAUAUGGUUCCAUUAGCAGCACGAACCAAAGCAGAAUGCCGCGGGUAGGGUCACUGGUGGACGUACGUAGCCAGUUGCUGCACCGGACUCUAGUGGAGGAGAUAGCCAAGCGACGCUUAUUUAACACUGUAGGUGCAGUUGAGAACAUUGGUUACCAUGAGCCUAAAGAAUUUUCUAGCAAAGACUGGAGUCCUGGAUUCUCUAGGAGGUAGGCUAGAAAUGAAAAGUUACAAAUGUCAUCUUGAAAUGUAUCAUAUGUAUAUAGGUUUGCAUUUCUGGUGUGUAAUUGUGUGAGAAAUUGAGAAUAUGAAUUCCUAUUGCUGUAUGGUUUGCCAGUUUGAGCUAUGUUGCAUGAUAAUAAGAAUAAAACUUGUUUGUAAA